GUCUUUUCCAUAGACGCCUGGAAGGGCUAAGCAGCCCAUUUCUUACAUUCUUAGGGCAGCUUUGUCUUCUCCAUCCUACCAUUGCUGUCAGAUCUAUUCCAGAUAUAAAGACCUGAAGUAGCCUUUCCGGUCUAAAGAUGGAAAACAGUACCACCACCAUUUCUCGGGAGGAGCUUGAAGAGCUACAAGAAGCAUUUAAUAAAAUAGAUAUUGACAACAGCGGGUAUGUAAGUGACUAUGAACUUCAGGACCUAUUUAAGGAGGCAAGCCUUCCCCUUCCUGGGUACAAGGUGCGCGAGAUUGUGGAGAAAAUUUUAGUAGUUGCUGACAACAACAAAGAUGGUAAAAUCAGUUUUGAGGAGUUCGUGUCGCUGAUGCAAGAGUUAAAAAGCAAAGAUAUCAGCAAAACAUUCCGAAAAAUAAUUAACAAAAGGGAAGGGAUCACUGCUAUUGGGGGAACGUCAUCCAUCUCCAGUGAGGGCACCCAGCAUUCUUAUUCAGAGGAAGAAAAAGUGGCUUUUGUUAACUGGAUAAACAAAGCUCUAGAGAAUGAUGCAGACUGUAGCCACCUUCUACCCAUGAACCCCAACGAUGGCAGCCUUUUCAAAUCGCUUGCAGAUGGCAUCCUUCUUUGCAAAAUGAUCAACUUAUCUGAACCAGAUACAAUUGACGAAAGAGCGAUCAAUAAGAAGAAGCUCACUCCAUUCACAGUGUCGGAAAAUCUGAACCUAGCCCUGAAUUCCGCCUCAGCCAUUGGUUGCACCGUGGUCAACAUAGGUGCUCAGGAUCUCAAGGAAGGAAAGCCUCACCUGGUCUUGGGACUUCUCUGGCAGAUCAUCAAAGUUGGUCUUUUUGCUGAUAUCGAGAUUUCCAGGAAUGAAGCCUUGAUUGCAUUGCUAAAAGAAGGGGAGGAGCUGGAGGAGCUGAUGAAGCUUUCUCCUGAGGAGCUGCUGCUGCGAUGGGUGAACUACCAUCUGACCAAUGCAGGCUGGCGCACCAUCAACAACUUCAGCCAGGACAUUAAGGAUUCAAAAGCCUAUUUCCACCUGCUUAAUCAGAUUGCUCCUAAAGGUGACCGAGACAAUGGAUCUGCCAUAGCCAUUGAUCUUUCAGGGUUUAACGAGAAAAACGACCUGAAGCGUGCUGGAUUCAUGCUCCAGGAAGCGGAUAAGCUUGGCUGCAGACAGUUUGUCACUCCUGCAGAUGUGGUUUCAGGGAACCCUAAGCUAAACUUAGCCUUUGUCGCGAAUCUUUUUAACACAUAUCCGUGCCUACACAAGCCUGACAAUAAUGACAUUGAUCUCAACUUACUGGAAGGAGAGAGCAAGGAGGAGAGGACAUUUCGGAACUGGAUGAAUUCACUGGGGGUGAACCCGUACAUCAAUCAUCUGUACAGUGACCUUGCAGACGCUUUGGUGAUCUUUCAGCUCUAUGAGAUGAUCCGUGUGCCAGUCAACUGGAGCCAUGUCAACAAGCCUCCCUACCCUGCUCUGGGAGGGAACAUGAAGAAGAUUGAAAACUGUAACUAUGCAGUUGAGCUUGGGAAGAAUGAGGCCAAAUUCUCUUUGGUUGGCAUCGCUGGGCAGGACUUAAAUGAAGGGAAUUCAACACUUACCCUGGCACUGGUAUGGCAGUUGAUGAGAAGAUACACGCUGAAAGUUUUAUCAGACCUUGGAGAAGGUGAAAAAGUCAGUGAUGAUGUCAUCAUUAAAUGGGUCAAUCAGACCCUUAAAAGUGCAAACAAAAGUACUUCUAUUUCCAGCUUCAAGGAUAAAUCUAUUAGUACAAGUUUGCCUGUCUUAGAUCUAAUAGAUGCCAUUGCACCAAAUGCAGUCCGUCAAGAAAUGAUCAAGAGAGAACACUUGACUGAUGAGGACAAACUGAACAAUGCUAAAUACGCCAUUUCAGUCGCUCGGAAGAUUGGUGCCCGGAUAUACGCGCUGCCUGAUGACCUUGUUGAAGUGAAGCCGAAGAUGGUGAUGACUGUGUUUGCCUGCUUAAUGGGAAAAGGACUGAACAGACUAAAAUAAUGAAACAUUUACUGUGACCUGCCAUGUUAUAUGCAUCGAAUGUCUCAGUUUACAGAAUUUUGAAAUGUAGUGGGUGUAAAAUCAGAAUAUCUGUAUGCUCAAAAUAGUUCUGUAUCUAGUAAUGAAUAGUAUCUUGUCCAUACCAGUUAUAAUUUGUCAUCUUUUUUGGAUAACACAAUUACCUUAACUAUCAAUACCAACACAGGAAUGUCUUAUCAAGCUGCUAUUUCAUAAUUAUAUUAUUUUAUUUCCUAAGAGUCUUACCAAAAUGAGACUAAUCCUUCUUUUUUCAUGGCUCAAAAAAGACCUGUAUAAAGUUUUGUCAGGUCCUUCUAUUAAAUGUGUUUGGAUUUUUUGAUGUGUUAUUUAAUUUUGAUCAAAAACGUACCUAAAGUCAUAAUAUGACUAAAUCCUUUUAGUUUUUCCCCCUUAACUAUGUAAAGUGAUCUAAAUUUUUCUGUAAAUUUCUAUAUCAUAUAAAAAUUUAAAGGGAUAAGUAUAAUCCAUCAACAUUAAACUUUUUAAAUAUGAGAACUAACUCUUGAAUAAACCCCCAAGGUUCACUCUUGUUUAAGCUUAGGAGCUUUUUACUUAAAGUUUGAUUGUAACUCCAUUGCUACUUUACAUGUCCUAGUUUGAUAAUACAGUUUUGUCUCCAACAUCGAGCAUAAUACUAUUCGUUGGUAAGAUGUUACAUAUAUGUAUUUCUCUAAAUCAUCUGAGUUACCCACAUUUUCUUAAAUGGUAUGUAUUAAGUGGUCAGCCAGCCAUUAAGUAUUUAUUUUGCCCCCACAAUGUGUCUGACACUUUUCAGUUGUGGAUAUCUGAUAUGUGAAGGUAUGUUUUGAAAAUAUUAUGAAUGUGACUAUCAUUAUUUUUCACCUAAUUGCUUUCAAAUACUUUCAGCCAAACAUUGGAUAGAAUGCCCCAACUGACACCGAUCCUAUCCUGCUAGUGUCACAUUACACUUGCUAGUUUCAGUCUAUAGUGAAACCUACAUAAUUGGAAUAUGCCCACCAAAUGGCUUCAGUAGAAAGCUGUGUAUAUAAAAGAUAAUGUCUGUUGUUGUUUUUCUUGGUUUUUACAGUCUUGUAUAAACCAGAAACGUUUAAGGUUUGUGAUCCUUGGAAAGAGUUAAAGCUUGCGACCUCUUUUCCCCAGCAGUUUUAGCAGUAGAGAAAUUCUGUUGCUCAUAGUUGAAGCCAGAAAUGAGCUCCCCCGCCCUCCACUCUAGUGCCAGUGAGCACUACUGCUAUGCAACAAAAGUGCUGUCACUUCCCUCCGUGUGAAUGAGUCGUCCGGCCACUGAUCAAAGCAUACAUCAGAGUGAGAGUGUCUAUGUCUUUAGGGUAGACUUUUUUAAAUGAAGUACCGACAGGUGGGAUUCUGAAAUAUAUUCUUCUACAUGAAAUUUCUUUGCCUUUUAUAUUUUGAUGAUUGUUUUCUUAUAUGAAGAUAUAAGUAUGCUUCUGCUCUUCCUGAGAUUACUUAAAUCAUGCCUCUCUGAUUUUUUUCACUGUCAUAUUUACUAAAAUAAUCUGAUUUACAUGGAAUUUAGCACUUUAAGGUGUUCUUUUUCUCAUGAAGUAUAUUUAAUAAAAAUGCUGUGUAUGUAGAA